CUCAAAUUGGUUAGUGUAUACCAGUGUAACCAUUUAAACAUAGCGAAUGCGAGUGAAAGUUAGUGACAGUUAGUGAAUAUUAGCGAGCGUCUCUUCCUUCCAUUGGAUGUACAUUUUUCAAAUUAACGCAUCUAUAAGAAAAUGAACAAAUUAUUUAGCUACCCCAUACUAUUAUCCGUAAUAAACGUAAAUUCACCAAUGAUACUUUGGCGAUGUAAAGCAAAACAUAUGUAAGUAAAAUCGGAGCUGAGUGAUAUAAUCACAUCGCUUAUAAGAAUACGCAAAGUAGCGAGAGAAGAUGAACACCCCGCAAUCGAAUAAGAAGAAGGGCAGGAACAGAGUUAGUGGUAUGAAUAGUGAUUGUGCCAGCCCUACGAACACGGAGACUCUAACCUUACAGGAAUCAUCGAAAUUUGUUUUGGUGAACCCAAUCGGCGAAGAUGCACACAAGACAUUUAAAAUUGGAAUCACUGACUCUGUGCCCAUCAUUUCUUUGGAAGGAAGCGGAUUUGAUGAGAAAAGCAUGGGACAAAAAGGUCACAGUAUAUCCACGGAUAAAGAUAAGGAUGAAAAGAAUAUUCUUAGUAGCUUACCUGUAGCAAUGGUUAAGGAAAUAGACGGAUAUGAACAGCAAUUAGGAGAAGCAGAACCACUUCCUAAUUCAUAUAUUAGAUUCAUGGAACGCAGCGGCGAAGAACUUGAUGGAGAAGUAGAAUAUGAUUUGGACGAGGAGGAUACAGCAUGGCUGUCCAUAGUAAACGAAAGACGAUUGGUUUCUGGGCUUACGCCACCCUUAGAACCGGACACGUUUGAAUUAUUAAUGGACAGACUGGAAAAAGAAUCUUACUUUCAGCAACAAAGUAACGGUGGUGGAGGAGUAGCAGCCGACGAAGAUGCAGUUUGCUGCAUUUGUAUGGACGGAGAAUGUCAGAACAGCAACGCGAUAUUAUUCUGUGAUAUGUGCAAUCUUGCUGUUCAUCAAGACUGUUACGGCGUACCGUACAUUCCUGAAGGACAGUGGUUGUGCAGAAGAUGCUUGCAAAGUCCUUCGCGAGCCGUUGACUGCGUUUUAUGCCCCAACAGAGGCGGUGCUUUUAAACAAACCGAUCGACCAGCUGCAUGGGCGCACGUUGUAUGCGCUUUGUGGAUACCUGAAGUCAGAUUUGCCAACACUGUAUUCUUGGAGCCUAUAGAUAGUAUCGAAAGUAUACCUGCUGCUCGCUGGAGACUCACAUGCUGCGUGUGUAAACGUAGAGGUUUCGGCGCUUGCAUUCAAUGUCACAAAAGUAACUGUUAUGCUGCGUUUCACGUGACUUGUGCGCAACAAGCUGGCCUGUGUAUGCGUAUGAGAACAGUGCAACCAGCUAAUGGUGAACCCAUGCUAGUACAAAAGACGGCUUACUGCGAAACGCACACGCCUCCUGAUUAUCAGCCUUCCACCAAUCCUGCAGAUGCUAGAAGAAGAGCAAUUGCUAAUAAGAAGAGUUCUUCCGCGCCUGUUAUUUCUAUUCCAACCAUACCACCCGAACGUAUUCAGGAAAUUGCUGGCUUGGCGGAAGGAUUACCGAAAAAGAGUCAGCUGAUACAGCGCCUUAUAGCAUACUGGACUCUAAAACGGCAGAACAGGAAUGGUGUCCCACUUUUGAGAAGACUCCAAAGCUCCCAUCCACAGUCUAGACCACCACCACUCGGAGGUUCCUCGCCUCCUCCAGAUGGUGAACUGCGCGGAGAAUUGUAUCGGCAACUGAAAUACUGGCAGUGUCUACGUCAGGAUCUGGAGCGAGCGCGAUUGCUAUGCGAGCUGGUCCGCAAACGAGAAAAAUUGAAAAAAGAAUUAUUUAAAGUGAAAGAGAAGUGUUUGUGGUUCGAACUGCGCCCAUUGGAAAGUAUUUUGCGUACUUUGUUAGAGGCUAUUAAAGCGAAAGAUGUAAAUGAUGUAUUUGGACAACCAGUAAACACCAAGGAAGUUCCAGAUUACUUGGAAAUUGUAACACAUCCUAUGGAUCUCUCUACGAUGCAGGAUAAAAUAGAAAGGCAAGAAUACGAUACUAUCGGAGCCUUCGAAGCGGACUUUAUUUUGAUGGUGAACAACUGUUUGGCAUAUAACCGUAAGGAUACGAUGUUCUAUCGAGCUGGAAUAAAAAUGAAGGAACAAGGCGGUGCUUUGAUAGAGCAAGCACGCAAAGACUACCCCGAUCUGGAUCCUAUUAGUGAAUCCGAACAAACGGCUUCUAAAUCUAGAAAAAGGGACCGCGCCAAUCGAAGUCGAGGAGAGGCUGAAUCACAAACCGGGGAGAAAGAAGUGGGAGGUGUAAAUAGAAGAACGGUUGUUUUGUUUACUCGCAAGGCCAGAGCACGUGCCAGCAGAAGCAAUCAGAUGUUUAUUUUGGAUGACGAUAAGAAGAAACAAAGUGAUAGCUUCAAAGUGUACCGGAGUGGAACAAUGGACAGCGACGUUGGAGAAGGUGAAAGUCAAUCGUCUAGCUGCAGCAGUUGUUCGACGAGUAGGUCUAAUACUCCCGAUCUAGAAGAAGAGAAACAAAAACAAGAUGUCGACGAAACUAAGAAAGAAACCGAAACUAAGCAAAGUGCAGUGAGUAAUGGUCUGGAGGCUCUGCAGCUGGUGUGGGCAAAAUGUCGCGGUUACCCGUGGUAUCCAGCUCUGAUAAUAGACCCUAGUACGCCUAGGGGCACUGUACACAAGGGUGUACCGAUACCGGCUCCGCCAGACGACGUACUCGCACUUGCAGUCAAUUACAAGGAACCAGUGUUUCUUGUUCUUUUCUUCGACACCAAACGAACAUGGCAAUGGUUGCCAGGUGAAAAAUUGGAGAAACUUGGAGUGUCUCAAGAAUUGGAUGAAGCAAAGUUGAUAGAGUCCCGGAAACCUACGGACAGGAAAGCAGUGAAGAAAGCAUAUCAAGAAGCUCUCCAUUACCGGAAACAGACUCACAAUACAACAUUAAAUGCUGGAUCAACCAAUUAAAUUUUAAAGUUUUGACUAAAUAUUAUUUUUAAUUAAGUUUAAGGAGCUUGUAAGUAUGUAAAAAGAAUUGUAAUGUAAUCGUGUAACUUAUAGACUUGUGCUAAGUCGUACUUUUCUAGAAAUUCUAUUUAUAACGUUUUUAAAUAAUGACUGAAUUAAACUAUUUAAAAGAAA